GAGAAAAGUCGAGUCGUCGUCAAUGGCGUCUGCUCUUUGUAGAACCGCAAGCCGUCUUCGUCCCGUUCAGAUUCUUCGCCGACUUCGCGCCUCAAGUGAUCUACUCUCGUCUCCUUCUCCGCCGUGCAUCUCCGAUCAUGGAGAUAUCUCUCUUCCUAGAUCGUUGGUUACACUUAGCGGUGGAAUCGAACGGUUUAAGAUGGAUCAGAGACGUUUGCUGAGCACUUCUGCUUCUGAUGCAACCUCUAAGCCUAGCUCUGGUGAAUCGGAGACGAAAUCUUCCGGUGAAAACGAGAAAUCUGGAGGAUCUGAGGGUUCAGGUGGAGGUUCCGAUGAGAAAAGUGAACGUACAUCUGGGAAAAACGCUCGUGGAGCGCCGGUUUCGUGGAUGAGCUUCUUCUUGCUGUUUGCUACUGGAGCUGGAUUGGUGUACUACUAUGAUCGGGAAAAGAAACGUCAUAUCGAAGAUAUAAAUACCAAUUCUAAAGCUGUCAAGGAGGGACCAUCUGCUGGAAAAGCAGCCAUUGGAGGACCAUUCAGCCUUAUAAGAGAUGAUGGGAAACGUAUUACGGAGAAAGACUUGAUGGGAAAAUGGACCAUCUUAUACUUUGGGUUCACUCAUUGUCCUGAUAUCUGUCCUGACGAGCUUAUUAAGCUAGCUGCUGCCAUUGACAAAAUAAAGGAAAAGUCGGGAGUAGAUGUGGUGCCGGUGUUUAUCUCUGUGGAUCCUGAAAGAGACACGGUUCAACAAGUACAUGAAUAUGUCAAAGAGUUUCAUCCCAAAUUGAUUGGGUUAACCGGGACCCCUGAAGAAAUCAAAUCGGUGGCCCGUUCUUACCGGGUUUACUACAUGAAGACCGAAGAGGAAGAUUCAGACUAUCUCGUUGAUCACUCUAUAGUCAUGUACUUGAUGAGUCCGGAGAUGAAUUUUGUGAAAUUCUACGGGAAGAAUCAUGACGUUGACUCGUUGACCGACGGUGUUGUAAAAGAGCUUCGACAGUACCGGAAGUGAAUAGCCUUCGAAGAAAUGAAAACAGAUGAUUAAAAUUACAUACUUCACCAUUUUGGAUUUCUUGUUUAUCAUUAAUAAUGAUUUCUUUGUACACGAACACUGAGCAUGUGUUUCCUUGAAAAAGAAAGAUCAGUUUUAUAUGCCAUGUUUGAUAACUUUAUCCAGACACAUUUGCUUAAAUCUAGAAUCA